AUUUCUAAAUUUAGCAUUUACUUUAAAAUCCCUUUACUAAAAUUUUAUUUUUCUAGAAUAGUAUUGAUUUAAACUUUUUGAAUUAACAUUUUUUAUUUAAUUCGCUUUAUUAAAAUUUCAAAAGCUCCUUAAAUUGACAACUGACAUUAGCGAUUAGAACUACUGUCAGGUUUUUAACAACAACCAAUGACAAGUAUUGAAAUGAUACAUUCCUGGCUAAAUAAAACUUAAAUUUAUUAUCGUAAUAAUGUUAAAAACAACGUGCAACAGUAAACUUUAAAAUUAUGGGACUAACCAAAAUUACAGUGGGCAUUCUAAUUUCAAUGGUAUUGUUUGCAAUCUUCUUUACACAUGUAGUUAAUGUUUUAAGUACAUCCCCAAUUCAAAAAGAAGUUAACAAAGAUCAUGUUAUUAGUUUUUCGGACUCCUCGGAUAAUUUACUUUGGAUUUUACAAAUUUCAGAUAUUCAUAUUAGCUUAUUCAGAGAUCCAAUGAGAAUAACAGAAUUUAGAGAAUUUUGCCAUUUAACAUUGAAUGCCAUAAAACCUAGUGUAGUCUUAGCCUCUGGCGAUUUAACUGAUGCAAAAACCAAAGAUUCCAUUGGAUCGGAGCAGUACGAAGAAGAAUGGAAGCAUUAUAGAGAUAUUUUAAACGAAAGCAAUAUUAAAAAGAGGACACUGUGGCUUGAUAUAAGAGGAAAUCAUGAUAACUUUAACGUUGGCAGUCCUUUGUCUAAACAGAACUUUUUUACUAAUUAUUCUAUUCAAGGUAGAGAUCACCCACGGUCUUAUAGGUUCCAAAUAAAGAAAAGGAAUAAUAUUUACACUUUUAUUGGGAUUGAUGCUUGCCUGGAGCCUGGGCCCAGAAGACCUUUUAAUUUCAUAGGACAUCUCGAUGACGAUGAAAUUAAAGAAAUUCGCUCCCUUAUUGAGCAAACUGAAUCGCAGCCUAAUAACUAUACAAUCUUUUUCGGCCAUUUCCCAACAUCUUGCAUCUUAUCCCCCAGUCAGGAUAAUAUCAGAGAUAUUAUGGGAAGUCACAAGCAGGGUUUGGCAUAUGUGUGCGGACAUUUGCACAAACUCGGUGGUUUGAUACCAAAAAUGUAUACACUUCAAAAGACUGGAUUUUUAGAACUAGAGUUGGGCGAUUGGAAGGAUAACAGGGUAUAUCGAUUAUUGGCUAUUGAUCAUGGAAUAUUAUCAUUUACUGAUAUGGUACAUAGACAUUGGCCAGUUGUUUUAAUAACCAAUCCAAAAGAUGCUUUAUUUUACAAUCCAGCUAGAGAAAAUUUAGAUAUAUUGAGAAAUUCGACUCAUAUAAGAAUUUUAGCUUUUUCUUUAUCAACCAUAGAAUAUGUAAAAGUUCAAAUAAACAAUGAAGGCUGGUUACACUGCAAAAAAACGAAAGGCUCCCUUUUUGUUUCGCCUUGGAACCCCAAGAAGUACUUAACAGGACUUCAUAGCAUAGAGGUUCUUGUUAGAGACGUUGAAGGAAGGGAGAAAUAUGAAAACCAAUUAUUCUCAUUAGAUGGAACCAAAUUGUCUUUUGGAAUAUUACCAAAAAUAGCAUUAAUGUCAGACGUUAGCAUUAUAUUCCGGUCAAUGUUCUUCAUAACAUUAUGCUUGUCAAUAGUUCCCUUAUUUGCUAUUAGAUAUAUUCACAAAUUAGUGGCAGGUGGAAAGAUGAUAAAACCGAAACUAAGACAAUCUUGUUGUUUUUCUCUCCUUCAAAAGGUGUGGGUCAUGUGCACUAUUGAUAGAAUGUUUUGGCCUAUAGUUUUGUAUCCAAUAUAUUUGGCUGUGGGACCUUGGACUAUCGGUUACAUAGUCGAAGACCAUCUUGGGUCUGUUUUCGCCUGGGGAAUAUUGGUAAACAAUGCUUAUUUACCAGGAGCGUUCACUUACGUAUAUGGUUUCAUACAAUUAAUCACGUUCCAAAUUCCCAUAACGUUCAUUGUAGCCAAGACAGUAUACUUUAGGUUUCUGGAAAUAACCGUAAAGACGGGAAAAGGGCUAUCUCUGAAAAACAAAAUAGUGUUUCAUUUUCCCUUUUCCGUUGUAUUUGUUAUGCAAGUUAUAAUGGCCUAUUUGUUUUGGCUUGCAUACGGUACAACGGCAUUCUUAUUGGGGCCUUUACGAACAUGGUCGCUAAUUUUAGCAGCGGUUCUGUAUUGGCAAGCAUUGAACCUGCCUGAAAAAUGUACAAGGAAAGCAGCCGAGAUUUGGUACGUUUCUCCGUCAAGUUCCGCUGCUAAUCAGGAUAACAUUAACCGUUCUUCAUUAGAAAAGAGCAAUUAAAAAUUCUUAGAAGAUAUUGAACGAUAUUUCAGUAUGACUGAUGUAAUUCUAGAUAGAUUUUUUUUUCUAUUCAAUUCUUCCUAUGUGAUUUAAAGUCAAAGAUAUAUUUAUUUUUACGUGUAAAUAAACCAAAUACUAUGCAAUGAUAAUAACCGGUAGAUGGCGCCUUGUAAUACUUCUGAAAAUUCGGUAUAUUUAUAUGUAUGUUAUGGGUAAAGUUAGAUAAACGAUCAAAUCUAGGUUUACCUAGGUAAGGUAAGGUACCUACCCUACCCAUGCUUCUUAGGUAUUUUGCACUUUACACAGGUAAACCUAG